UUUACUCUUCAUUUCUUGAAAAAAAAGGAAUGCCUUAAUUUCAAAUCCCCAGGAAAACCAAAAAUGCACGGAAAACCCGGGCUAAUUUUACAAGGUUAAUAUCGAUGCUUCUGCCAAAGAAUGUAGAUACAGUGAAUAGAGACUUUUACAAUUGUGUUCAUUGAGUUUCUUUCUUUAGUACACUUUCAUUCAUUCUCUCUGCAUGAGAUACUUGUCUGUGAUGCAGUGCUCUGUUAUCCUGUGUUUCUCUAUACUGUUAAUGGUUUCUGUAGCCACGGUGCCAUAAUGACGGUAUAAAGAAGUGGAUUUAUUUAGGGAGGACAUCACUUAAUUCCUAGGUGUAAAAUUCACGGCCCACCACAGACUUUAAAACGAUUUUGUUACAUAAUUGCAUAUAUGUUCAACUGAAUAAUAAUCAGAAUCGAAAUCAGGUUUAGGAAUUUGGUUCCAUCCGUUAGUGACUCUCAAAUGUACAGACAUAAAUAACACUACACAUAUAGCUUGGACUAUAUAAGACAAAACAGACAAGACAAGACGAGACAAAACAGACUAUACAAGACAAUACAGACAAUUUGAGACAAUAUAGACAUAUGAGUAUUAAAUAAGGAUACAAAGUACAUGUAGUAUAUAGUAUAUAAUAUACUAUUAUAUUGUAUAUAAGACAAAUACACUAAAUAAAAAAGGUGUCCCCAAACUUUUGACUGGUUCUGGGCAUACUGGAUUUCCUCUCCAUUCUUUCUCCAUAGUUAAAACGUGAACCGAAUCUCUUUUUGCGGAGUCAACUCAGUGAAUCGACUCUUCAAUGUAUCGACUCCCGGGAAUAGUUGCCAAGCAACGGAACAAACGGAGAAAUAAAAUACAAAAGGGAAACGUAAAUGGCUGCAGAUAUGGAAACAUUAACGAGUUCCAAACGAGUUUUUAUCAACAAUGUGGACAAAUAUACCUCAAAAUAUGUCGCACAGUUUUUAUCCUCGUGUGUUCCUGGAGCAUCUUACGUGGCUAAACAAUUCGAGGAUGAGGAGGAAAUCAAGCCAAGUUCCCAAGGAGGUACUUUUGAGAUUGUUGGAACUGUUUCGGGAAGUGAGAAGAAGUCUGGUUUUGCAGUAGAAGAAUAUUCGAAUUUAACACGUCAAGAGCUUUUCCAUCACCUGAAGGAGUCGGACGUUGUCGUUUAUAACAUCUACAACGAGAAUGCUGAUCAGAUAGAAGAAGCAUCUUGGGCGGUCUCAGCUCUUCACGGGGACAUGAAUUCAUUUCCUCGACCGAAGACCUUCAUCCUGAUCUCCACGCUCAUGACAUGGGCUCUGAUUAAGCCACUCGAUACGGAUGAUGCCAAGACUCCGUUUACGGAAGAGGACUACAAGAGACGGAAACCGCAUCACAACUUUAACGAUCAUAUCGCUGUGGAGAAGCUCGUGGUUAAACUGGGACGAUCUAAUCAGUCCCAGUUUUCUACUUAUGUGGUGGCCUCCGGACUGCAGUAUGGAAUGGGCGAGCAGGCGUUUCAUUUUUUUUUCAAGACGUCUUGGAUGGGAGAGGAACAGGAAGUGCCGAUCUUCGGAGACGGCUCCAAUUUCGUUCCAACCAUCCACAUCACUGACCUGGCAGGGAUUGUGCAGAACGUAAUCGACUAUAAUCCCAAGCCUCAGUAUUUACUUGCAGUGGAUGAAUCACACAACACCAUCGCUGAGAUCAUCAGUGCAAUAGCAGCGGCACUCGGACCAGGAAAAACCAGGAACGUUCCCAUAGAGGACCUGAUUCUAUUAAAGGAAUUGACACAAGCAGAAAUCGACCAUUUGUUUAUCAGCCUUCGAAUGGAAGCCUUUUUUGUCACAUACAAUUUCAGCAUCAAGUGGGUUUCAAAGAAAGGCAUUGUUGAGAACAUCGACCAAGUCGUGGAGGAAUACAAGCUCGCGCGAGGCCUGCUGCCUAUUCGCAUCUGUGUCUUGGGACCUCCUGCUGUCGGGAAAAGCACCGUCUCUAAAAAAAUAUGCAAACACUACAAACUGCACCAUGUAAAACUCAAAGAGACCAUCACCGAGACGCUCGCUCACCUGGAGUCAAAAGUCCAAAUGGAGGAAAGCAAUGAGGACGACGAAUCACAAGAAGCACAGGAGCUUUUGAAUACACUGAAGACGAACAUGGAAGAGAACGACGGUCGGUUGGAUGAACAGUGUGUUCUCCAAAUCAUGAAAGACAAGCUGAAGACUAAACCAUGCAUAAAUCAGGGCUUUGUCCUGGACGCCUUUCCGAAGACAUACAAUCAAGCGAAAGAGCUGUUUUCUGUAGAGGAGGACGAAAAUGCAGACAAGCAAUCCAGUAUCCAAAUCAUCCCAGAAUAUGUUUUCUGUCUUGACGCCACCGACGAGUUCCUGAAGGAACGUGUGCUGGACCUGCCCGAGAGCGUGGUUCAGGAGACUUCGUACUCCUUCGAUACGUUUCUCUCGCGACUGGAGAUGUAUAGAAAAAACAAUUCAGAUGAUGAAAUUGUGAUCAACUACUUUGACGAACAGGAGAUUCCACCUCAGCAUAUAGAGAUCAACGGUGAAGACCCAGAGUAUGUUCUUGUCAUGGAGAAGGUGAUAAAGAGUGUGGGGAAGGCCAGGAACUACAGCUCCACCACAAAACAUUUAGACGAGGAGCAGAAGCUAGCGGAGAUCAGGCUGAGGGAGGAAGAAGAGAUGAGCCAGGCCGAAGCUGGACACAUAGAGGACGAAGAGGAGCAGCAAAGAGCACAGUGCUGGAAAGAAUGGAACGGGCGCCUGGAAGAGGCGAAGCAGCAGGAUGAGGAGCUGUUGAUGACGGAAGAAGAAUCUGCCAAGCAGUACCUGAGGUGUACCGUGAUGCCCGUUCUGUCCCAAGGCCUGAGCGAGUUAUGCAGAAUCCGGCCAAGUAACGCAGUAGACUUCCUGGCCGAAUAUAUCCUCAACAACAACCCAGAAAUGGAAUAAAGCACGAGUUUUGCGGGAUUCGAGAAACAGAAACGCUCCAGGACACGAAACGAGCAGCUCCAGGGUGACGCGGGACACUUCACACCGCUCCGUCGUUGAUUAUUUUCCUCUAACAGCACACCCUUUCGAGCUCUGAUCUUCAUUGUAGUCAGUAAAAGCUGAUUGUAAAGUU